UUCAAGCGUUGCACGUGAAUAGUUGCAUGAAAGCGCACAAAUGUGCACAACUGUGUGAAAAGUAUACGUUAUAGUGAAUAGCUUUAUCUGGUCUAUUUUGCAGCAGGUGAUGCAUGCAGAAACUCUGCUGCGCUUCGCAACUCCUGAACAUGCAUUUGUGUGCAUGUGUGCGCAAGGAUGCAACUGAUCACGUGUGCAUUAUCUGCCGGGGAAGAAAAUAGAUGAGGCUGUUCUUUGUCUACAGCAUGUCAUUUGGUGUUGUAAUGCGUUUUACUCAAGUGGAAGUUUCGACGUGCUUGUCGUGUGCUGUGGAUGGCAGUUGUGAGUCAGUCAAUGUCCAUCCUGAAUUCAGCAAUCUGAUCUUGUGGUGUGGUGUGGUGCUGUGGUGUUGAAUCCCGCACUGUCGGUCCUAGGAUGCAUUGGUGCUACAUGCAUCCUAUCUUAAAAUUAGAUAUACUUGAAAUUGAAGUGACACUUCAAGUGAAAUAUCACUUACAAUUUUCAGUCUAAAAACUCGGAUGUUGAGCCAAUAAUUUAGGGGGCGUUCGAAUUGUCUUCGUAAAUUUUUUGAACAAAUUUUUUAAGAGAGAUUUGUUGAAGUGUCCCAAUAGAACGGUUUCUAUCAUUUUUAGAGUUUUUCAGUGGAAUUGUCAUGGCGAUGAUGACGUCCGAUCAGCUCGACCAUCUCCAUGUACUCUGUGACGUAGCUAUUCCAAGCUCUUCGGAACUAAUCCACCUCUCCCAUCGGAUGAGGUUGUGGAGUAUCGAGGACUUUCGAGGAUCUUCGUUGUUCUGAAGAGGCCAAUAAGGCCACCUCUUUAGAAAAACGGAACUCCUCGAAAAGUCAAAGAGUGACAGUUCGAACGCGCCCUUAAUAACUAAAGAAAAGGACCAUAUGAAUACGGGUUAAGAGUAACUGUCCAACACUGUCACUAGAUACUAUAUACAGUCAGAAAGUGCAAAAACUAGGCACAAAACUGACAGAGUACUGAUACUGUAUGUAGUGUCUAGGUACAGUGGUGGAUCUCGUAUCCUUACGUUCCUUUCCUUUCUCUAUUAAACGUUCAAUCUGCUCACGCAUCCUGUCCCCAAAUCAGAAAUUGAUUGAGAAAAGGGGACAGUCUGAGCACCCUACGUUGCUCAGAUCCAGGCAAACUGACUCAAAAAUCUAUAAGUAUGAGACCAGAUUUGGUAAAAAAACAAAAACAAAAAAAAACUUUUAUCUGAGAUCAGUACACAGCAGAGCCUAAAAUUAGAACGAGCGUCAGGCGGCCAGCAAUCACCAUCCUAAAAUUUCAUUGACGACUGCUUUCAUGCUUUCUCAUCAGGUGGAAUACAGGCUAAAAGAAGCUGACUGCCGGCAUGACUAAUGAAUUUGAAACGGUAUUGAUGCUAUGGCAACAGCGCCAAAAAAAGAUGAAUAGUAACAUUAGUGGAAGGAAUUUAAGGAUGUCAAUUGCGAGGAGCCUGACGCUUGCUUGGUGUUAGAAGUUUUUCCAUUGCCUUCUUGACCUUCCUCUUUUCAUAACUAUACUCUCCCUGGCUUAUGCAGACUGCAAGCAUGUGCCACAUAGUCAGUUUUGAAUGCACGCAGCUGUGCUGUAUAUUACUGAAUCUUUGACACAGAGAAUUGAUUGAGCUGCUUUUGUAGGAAACUUAAGUAUCGCCAGUAACGAGUUUUGUUUCGGGUGUACGGUGGUUCGGAUAUCUACUUCUGUACUUUACGUGCCUUGUGGUGAGGCUUGAUACCGGUGCAAUGUUGUGUGAGUGGCUAGGCGCUUAUCCAUUAUGUUCAACACGUCAAUGGUAAAUACAGCGUUAGCCAAACACAAUACAACGGUCUGGGCGCAGCCAAACACAAUACAACGGUCUGGGUGCAGCCAAACACAGUCAUCUACUUGCGAAUACAAUGGAAGGCCCAAGCUAGACGAUAGACCGGGUGCCGCCAAGACAGUCUACUUGUUACCGACAAUGGAAACCAGGUUCAAUACGAUGGAGUGAGUGCAACCAACACAAUUAAUGGGAGUGGAACUGCUGACAACCAACGCAAAUAAUGAAAGCAGCGUUGCUGACAACCAACAUAUUUGAUGGAAGCAGCACUGACGACAACCAACAUUAAUGGAUGGGAGCAGCGCUUUCGAGAACCAACACAAUGGAUGGGAGCAGCGCUUUCAACAGCCAGCACAAUGGAUGGGAUCACCGCUUUCGACAACCAACACAAUGACAUAAUGGGAGCGGGGUUGCUUGCAACCAAAUGGCAACACAACGACCAAGUGGCACCAACGCUAGCCAUGGUGUCACCGUCAUGUCUUGGGUUUGUCACAGCAGCCAUGUCUGUAGAUGAGUUGUACACCAGUACUGCUCCAGGGUGACAGCGAGUGAAGAAAGGGAACACGAUUCACACAGGAAUCCACCGCUCCCGUAAGCCGUGCCCAGUCAUCCGCCCCAAACUCAACGUCGCAGAUGCCGCGUAAGGAAGAGGUAGUGACCCAAGCGCUAUGUGCGAGCACCAUGCCGUCUACCGGUACCUCGGCAGAAAUACCUGACUACGACAAUAAGGUUGCUGUCGAUUGUCAGCAAACUCUACCGGCACGAAAUUCACUGACCUUGUCAUCUUCAAGUGUCGUGUCCAAGCCUGGCCGCAUUACCCCUCGGGUCUGUCUUGCCAAUGAUGCCGGAGAAGAUGUCUUUUAGGUCUGUCUUGCAAAUGAUGCCGGAGAAGAUGUCGCAACGACCACCGGAUACGCCAACACCACCAAACACGACACCACUACAGCCACUGGCACUAGUGUUUCCAUGGCAACAGCAAGUACAACGACUCCUGUUUUCCAGUUGGAGGAAGAAGCUCCUGCCGCAUCUCUACCGGGGGCCAGGGUGCACGGAAGUUGUUUUGCCCAAAAAGUCUGUGGAAGAAGCUCAAGGGGAUCGCUACCAGAAGCCGUCCCAGGGCCUGUGUCUUCAGACGUCUCUGCGUCCAAAAAGCUGGACACGUCUUCAUAUAGCCUUACAUCAAUUAGAAGCCUACACAUGUACAAUGUAAGUCUAGUGUGGUGUGUACACAAGACUAUGGCAAUGAGCCAGCAUAUCGUAGUGUGUCGGUGUAGUAAAUGCCGCUUAUUUCAAACAGGGAUUUGGAUGACUCCGACCAUGCCUUGCUAUGUGAUGUCUUGAAGCAAACAGGCAAACUGGAACAUGGUGCGGUGAAACACUUUGUCUCCUUGUUUACUUCCGUAUUUGGUGUUGUAUGCCCGUUGGAAGGGGGGGGGGCGAAGGAGGAGGAAGGAGAGAGAACAAGUGGAGGGUGUGUGGAUAUGGCUGACGCUGGGAAAUAUUUCCCCUGUGCAAUGCUGUUAUAGGCACACACACCACAGUGUAGGCCGGAGUGGAGCCCUUAGGAGACGUAGUGUAGAAUCGUAGCUUAGUGUAGAGUAGGUGAUAUUUUGAGUAGCUGUCACACCCUGACCUACUCUCCGCCAUGGACGAGCUGGCAGGUGAACCCCUGAGACUUCUGUGCAGUCUCCCAGGCAUCGAAGCCAAUGUCAUCAGCUUGAUCCAGCAAUUGUCGUCGUAUGUUAGUGAGUCUAGAGAUAGAGAGGAGCGCGUGAAACGGCGUGUGGAUGAGCUAUGUGCACACGUUUCGGAGUUACGAGGCGAACUGAGCUCCUUGAGGCAGUCCGCCAUUGCCCCCAUGCAUGUCGACCAACAGCAACAAAAAGGCGAGGAGGUCAAGGAGAGUGCAGCUAGUAGUACGAAUAGUACCCGUACGCUAACUGGAAAGUCUAAGCCGCGCGCAAAUAGUGAAAAAAAGUCAAAGCAGCAGGCAGAACACGUGGGAACGCACACUGAACCCCGUACCCGUAGCGCUGCCACACCCUGGCACGCAGGCAAGACGGUGCCCUCAGUGGACACGGAAACGGAGUACAAGGAUAAAGCAAACCCGGUAUGUACUACAAACCACAGUCCAAAGGUCGCAGACACACAGACAAACACUGUGGGUUCGCAGCACGUUCCACCACUACCUGUGGAUGAUGACUCAUGGCAACUAGUCUCUUCUGUCUCCCCUCGCCUUAGCGUCAGGCGUGGGGUCAUUUGGAUUGGAAACCUGCGCCCAGCUAUUAGCAUUGAGCAACUGGAAUCCUUUAUCCAACAACGUGCCCUGACAGCCAAUCAGCAGCUCACGAUAUUUAGUAGCAAACUGAUCAGCAAGGCUGAUGGCAAGGUCGGUGCUCGUGUGACGAUCAGCCGAGCCUCAGUUGAAGCCCUCACACAGCCAAACUUCUGGCCCAGGCCUGUUUAUGCACGCCCAUGGGUCUUUCGUGAUGACCAGAGAAACGCAGCAGACAAGCAACAACAGGAGCAACAGCAGAAGACACAGGAAAAUCAGCACCAGGAAUCUACACUAAGUCUUGAACAGAGAAACACAGCAGACCAGCAGCAACAGCAGAAGAAACGGCAGGAGGAGCACCAGAAGACACAGGAAAAUCAGCAUCAGGAAUCUACACCUGAAGAGCACCAGCAUUUGCAGACAGAACAGCAGAACCUGCAUACUGCAUCUAGUGACAGCCAAUGCCCUGCGUCCAGUGACAGCCAAUGCCCUGCGUCUAAUGACAGCCAAUGCCCUGCGUCCAGUGACAGCCAAUGCCCUGCGUCUAAUGACAGCCAAAGCCCUGCAUCUAGUGAUGUCCACCAGGACAGUGGCCAGCACCAGCCCAAGCUUCAAGAUACGUCAACUACGUCUGCUCCAGCCAAAGCCACGCCACCUCGCCCUGGAAAGCGUCAUGCAGAAGAUUCCCCUGGAUCCAUGUCGGGAAUACCAUGCAAAAUGCAACCUUCAUCUAGCUCUCAAUGAGUAAGCUAAAUCCAGUUGCGCGGGAGUUCUACCCUCAGGCUGCUACCGUAUCUAUUAACAGACUGCCACAAUCUCAUUCAACACAUACCACCAUUGGAUUCCUUAACAUCUGCAGCCUGCGCUACAAGAUAGACAUGCUGUCCGCUCUGAUUAGGGAAAGGACAUGGGAUGUUGUUGGGAUUGCGGAGACAUGGCUGGACGCGUCUAUAGCUGAUGGAGAAGUGAACAUUGAAGGAUACAGUUUGGUGAGAAAUGACCGAAAGGGGAGAAAAGGAGGUGGCGUCUGUAUUUUUUACCGGUCCUACUUGCCCAUCAAACCACGGCCGGAUCUCAACCAAGGGGACACGGAGGUAGUGUGGGUUGAGCUAAAUGGAAAGGCAGGCAAUCACUUAAUUGGCUGCAUAUACCGACCACCAGAUGCGCCAGUCUCCUACUGGUCCACCCUUGAGGCAUCGCUGCAUCAAGCUGCUAUGGUUACCUCAGCCGUCACAUUGAUGGGUGACUUCAAUGUCAAUAUCUCGCAUUCCCAGCCACAGCAUGCCCAGCCCCUUCUGGAUCUCUGUGGUGCAUAUGGCCUCACUAAUAUCGUCCACUCCGUUACGCGAGUCUCACCUCGGUGUCCAGCUGGCACUACUAUUGACCUGAUACUGACUACAGAGGAUAAGGAUUUGCAUGAUUGCCGAGUCCUGCCGCUUACACUCAGUGACCACUUUGGAGUUGAAGCAAUCUUCAAUGCAAGACAUGCCCGGCCAGACAUCCCCAAGCAGCGUGUGCGUCGCCGUUUAGAUAACAUUGACUUGGUUGCCUUCCGACUUGACCUAGCUGCUGCUGAACUUCAUGUGUACCCACCAGACUCUGAUGUGCAAGCCAUGUGGGACCACUGGCAUCAACGAUUCCUUUCUGUCCUCGACAGGCAUGCGCCAUUGCAGCAAUGCAAGAUUAAGACAGGCAAGCUUCAUCCUCCAUGGUCUGACAGAGACCUAUACAAGAUAAACCAGCUGAAGCGUCGCCUGCAUCGAAAGUGGCUUGCUGACAAAGCCAACUCUGAAGCUCACGCAGCAUAUAGACGUGCCCGCUCGGUUGCUGCGAAUACAAACAGGUACAAACGCAACCAGUACUUCCAAAGUCAGUGCCAAGAUAAUUGCCAGAACCCACGCAAGUUAUGGUCAGUCCUAAAUACUGUGACUGGACGCAAGAGACAAUCAAUCCAGCCGACAUGCGACAUCGAACAUGUUGCGUCCACGUUUGGCAAGGUAGUCUCUGAUGAUGCUCGACCUUCAGUUCUCUCUAUGCCUCAGGGACCACAGCCUCGGUCUGCCCUGACCUCAUUCCAACAUGUGCGUGCCUGCGAUGCUGAACAGCUUUUGAAGCGCAUCGACCCGCGCAAAGCAACUGGGAGCGACGGCAUCCCAGGCUUACUUCUAAAGUACUGUGCCGACCUGCUAGCACCAUCAGUUGCAGCACUUUUCAAUGCGUCCCUGACCUCCGGCACUGUACCCGCUGGCUUUAAGCGUGCGUAUGUGACCCCAUUGCACAAGGCUGGCGAUCCAUCUGUCGCCAACAAUUUCCGUCCUGUGUCCCUGCUCCCAAUUCUCUCGAAGCUGCUAGAGAAGGUGGUGCAGAAGGCACUUGUCACCUUUCUGGAUAUGGCUGGUUCUCUGCCCAGCACACAGUUUGCAUUCCGGACAGGACAUU